AUGGCACUCUCCUGUCCCAAUUGCCGAGCCCCCACGAUCACCUCCUGCGACCCCGCCGCAGUUUCACUGUACGCCGACCUGGGCUAUGAAGCGCGCCGCGAAUCUGCUCCCCCGCCCCGCGAUGCGAUGGCUGAUGGAUGGCGCUCAUAUCGUCGAUCGCACCCAUCCAUGGCGCCCAGUCGUGAAAUCGCAGAAACAAUGAAAACCCGGCUGCCUCGCCGGCACCGACACCGAUCGUGGCCGCGGGCAGGGGAGGAGUGGCGCCAUCCUAGGAUCACCCGGAUGGCGGAACGACAGAACGCUCGCGGUUACACAUCGUCUCAUACGGCACUCUUGGCAUCCGCAGGCCUAUAA